AUUGCUCGCUCCCAGCAGGACACACAAGCAGCAAUGAGGAUCCUGGUGUGCAUGUACCUGUGCGGUCUGGCCCUGUCAGUCCUGGCUGAGGAGCAGCAGGUGAAGGAGAAGCGAGGACUCACCGGCUCCCUGGGAGGCUACGGAGGUGGCUUCGGUGGCGGCUACGGAGGCGGCUACGGUGGUGGCUUUGGAGGCGGCUACGGAGGUGGCUAUGGAGGCGGCUAUGCUGGUGGACUCGGGGGCGGACUUGGAGGCGGCAUUGGAGCUGGCAUCGGUGGCGGGGCCCCUCAGGUGACUGUCAACAGAGUCCCCGUCCCUGUCCCAGUGCCUGUGGAGAAUACCGUCCCAGUUCCAGUGAGGGUUCCAGUGACAGUCCCCGUGGAGCGGCCUGUUCCCGUCCACGUACCGCAGCCGUACCCUGUCCCUGUGGACAACCCUGUGCCCGUCCCCGUCAAGGUCCCCACCCCAGUGUCCGUCCCAGUACCUCAGCCCUACGUCGUUAAGCGUCCAGUGCCCUACGUCGUCAGCGCUGGCCACGGUGGUCUCGGAGGAGGACUCGGCGGUGGUCUCGGAGGAGGCCUGGGCGGUGGUCUCGGAGGAGGCCUCGGAGGGGGCUUCGGAGGAAAGUUCGGCGGAGGCUACGGCGGCGGCUUCGGUGGUGGAUACGGCGGUGGCUUUGGAGGACUCGGUGGCUACGGGAAAUAUGGCCACUAGAAAUCCGCCUUAGUUAUAAUAUCUUGACCUGUACAUGCCAUCAGAUUCGUAUUAUAUAUACAAAAAAUUAUAAAUAAAAACUGAUGCAUCAGA